AUGAAGAGAAGCGUCUGCCGUGUUUUUUUACUCCUGGGUCUUUGGCUCCGCGGCUGCCGAAGCGAAGCCCCGAGGCCCGGCCCGGGAAAGGCGCCGCAUCUGAUCUUCAUCAUGACGGACGACCAAGGUUACGGCGACGUGGGCUUCCACGACUCGGACAUCCGCACGCCCGUGUUGGAUCGGCUGGCGGCAGAGGGGGUGAAGCUGGAAAAUUAUUACGUUCAACCCAUCUGCUCGCCCUCUCGGAGUCAACUCAUGACAGGACGCUACCAAAUUCACACGGGCCUGCAGCAUUCAAUCAUCCGUCCACGUCAACCCCUCUGCCUCCCCUCGGAGUUCCCCACCCUGCCCGAGCGCCUGUCCGAGGCGGGUUACGCCACGCACAUGGUGGGGAAAUGGCACCUGGGCUUCUGCAGGCCCGGCUGCUUACCCACGGGACGAGGCUUCGGCAGCUUCCUGGGCACGCUCACCGGUAGCGGAGAUCACUUCUCCUAUCAGAGCUGCGACAAUGCCGAAGCUUGCGGAUUUGACCUGCAUGACGGAGACAGGCCGGCGUGGGAGAUGACGGGAAAUUACUCCACUCUGCUGUACGUUAACAGAGUGAAGCGGAUCUUGAAAAGCCACGACCCCGGCACGCCUCUCUUCCUCUACCUUUCCCUACAGGCCGCCCACACCCCACUGCAGGCACCUGAGCGCUUCCUGGACUUGUACUCGUCGCAGAGCAAUCGCGUCCGGCGCCACUACGCGGCCAUGCUCAGCUGCUUGGACCACGGCGUCGGUCAAGUGGUCCACCAGCUAAAAGCCGGCGGUCUUUACGAAAACUCGGUUGUGAUCUACUCCUCCGAUAACGGAGGGCAGCCGCUGUCCGGCGGAAGCAACUGGCCGCUCCGGGGCGGCAAGGGGACGUACUGGGAGGGAGGCGUUCGGGCGGUGGGCUUCGUCCACAGUCCCCUCCUGAAGACCAAAGGCGUGGUCAGCAAGGCGCUCAUCCACGUCUCCGAUUGGUACCCGACGUUGCUGGGCCUGGCCGGCGUCCCGCAAUCCCGCCGGGACCUGGACGGUCACGACGUUUGGGGCGCCAUCAGCGAGGGGCUCCCCUCCCCUCGCACGGAAAUCCUGUUCAACAUCGACCCGGUCUCCAGGAAACCCGGGGAGCCCUACGACAAGGCCUUGGUGCUCAACGGCUUCGGGAUCUGGGACACGGCGGUGAGGGCGGCCAUCCGGGCCGGGGACUGGAAGCUGCUGACGGGAAACGUGGGCGACGGCGACUGGACGCCGCCGCGGGCCUUCGCCGACGGUCCGCAGCGCCGGCAGGGACUGGAGAAGGCGCGCAACGAGGUGGGCAAGUCGGUAUGGCUGUUCGACGUCUCCUCCGACCCUUACGAGAGGCGCGACGUGGCCCGAGCCCGUCCGGAGAUCGUCAAGCAUCUCCUGGCCAGGCUGGCGGAGUACAACCGGACCGCGGUGGUGCCGAGAAACCCGCCCGACGACCCCGUGGCGGACCCCCAGCUGCGCGGCGGGGUUUGGGGACCCUGGCUGGGACUGGAGGGCAAAGAGGGGCAAGACGGAGAGGGGGCCGGCAGGAGGGACCGCGGGACGAAAGUCAAGCAAUGCAAAUUAUGCAAAAUAAAAGCGCUCUUUAAAAAGGUGAGGUCACGCCUGCAAAACAAUGCCGUGUUCUUCUAA